AUGUCGUCUCCGGAAACGGAUGCCGCCGCCUCUGGCUCGAAGAGAAUAAAGGUGGAAAACGCGGGGGACGAUCAGGACGUCGUCGUCAUUGAUCAGCGAAGCGGAGCAUCGGACCCACCACCCAACAAGAAUAGUGCCGAACCAGUGGAUGACGACGCGGAGCCACAACUCUUGCAAGAUGACUCUGGUGGUCUCGAAUUAUUCCCUGGCGCCCCCUGUGUCACCGUGGCCAUGCGGUGCAAACGGCAGAAUGAUUCGUCACCGAUGUACCUCAACCGUUACGGGCCUCGCCGGUGUUGCUGGUUUGUGCGGAUCACGGACCUGAAAGGCUCAGUGGACGUUGAGAAGCUCCAGGAUGUUGCUUACAAUUACGAGCGCGUCUUGGACUAUCCGAGGAGAAAGGGUGAGCCUCGCAUAGGGGCUAGCAGCGUCCAAGGCAUUAUCACCAUUGUUUGGGAUUGUCAAGGGUUCGAGGAUGACCCGUUACAAGCUGCCGAACUCUUGAACCCCAAGAAAGUAAAACAGGCCGACACUUUAAGUACUCCAAAGACUCGCCAAGACUGGUUGAAACUGCCUGGACACAAACUGGAGAGGUAUCGGGCAACUCACGUCGAAGUGAAAUUCAAUCAGACCAUGGAAAAUUGA